AUGGAACUAAGGCCGAGAAUGCUCAAAGACUGUCUCUUGGAAGACUCCAAUUCCUGUUCAUCAAACGGCUUCAAAUCGAUUCCCAGACGGCCUCCUCUCGGCACAUUUCUCAUGAUACCGAAGAGAAAACAAUUCAGUGCAUUGCAGGCUAUGAUUAACGCCGUCAAGAACAUCCGUUCCAACGCUGUUAAAUCCACUCCGUUCUUGCCAAGAAGCCUCUCUCGCCGGUCACCAUCCAAGAACAAAGUAGAAAACCAAGCAAGCGUCACCACCAUCGUGCGAGUCAAAGACAUCGUACGGUGGAGAUCCUCCAAGGACCUGCAUGAAGACAUAUCACAUUUCGAACCGUCUCCACCUCAUCAGAACACAGCCAAGACAAUGACAACAACAACAACAACAAGAUCCUCCUCCACAAGCAGCAGCACAUCCGGUAGCAGUUGGUGUGACUCGGAUUAUACUUCGGAGUUUUUACCGUCAUCAUCAUGGGGAGGUAACGUCAAGGAGUGCAGUGAAAACAAACUACAAAGUGUCGGCGAAGAUUCUUGCACAGCAGUAAUAACAGACGCCGACACUGACGUGGGACCUGAGGAUGACUUACAAAACAGCCCUGUCUCCGUUCUUGAGAUUCAAGAUGACGAAUUAUCAGACUCUUCUUUCAGUCAAUGCCUUGACAAUGUGGAAAGAACAAAGGAAAAGCUCAUGCAAACGAUCCAACGGUUUGAGAAUUUGGCCAAUAUUAGUACCUUCAAUUUGGACGAAUGGGUCCAAACGGAUGAAGAAUCUUGCAUGGAAGGAAGAAGAGACACAGAUAAUCAAUAUGAUGAUGAAGUGGCUGAUGAGGUGGAAGAGAAGGCAUCGCAGCUAUGGAACCGAGUGAAAGAAAGACACGCGAUUUGGAUCCACGAAGAACAUCUGAUAAUGGACUAUUUCAGAGAUGAAUUGAUGCAAAGGACAGAGGGAGAUGAACACUUUGAGGACCAAUUGGUGGGAGAGGCAAAAGGAUGGUUACAGGGGAAGAGAGUAUCAGAGUUUGAACACGGAACACGUGAGCAGAGGAGACAAGCAUGUGCUCGAGAAAUUGAAAGACGAGAGUGGAAUGAGAAACGGAUGAAGGAGGAGCGGGAAGAGGUGGCUUUGCAGAUUGAGGAUGGACUGUUUAACUUUUUAAUGAAUGAAACUUUCACUGAGCUCUCUACCAAUUGCUGA